AUGGGAAAGAUACAUACGGUUUCUGAUUUAAAUUUCCUAAAUCCUAGGACGUUAUACACUUGGUUUAAGGGUGGAUCACCUACAGGUCAAGGUAAAUUUGCAGUUGUGGAUGUUCGAGAUUCAGAUUAUAUAGGGGGACAUAUUCGAGGUUGCUAUCAUUAUCCGGCUGGUAACUUUAGUUAUACAUUACCCGAUUUACAAGAAAGAUUGUUUACUAAUGGAAUUAAUGAUGUUGUAUUUCAUUGCGCAUUAUCGCAAGUUAGAGGUCCAGGAUCAACUAUAAAAUUUAUAAAUUCGUUGAAUGGAAUUAAUGAUCCCGAGAGGGAACAAUAUUUCUCAUCCUUGAGGGUAUGGGUUUUGCGAGGUGGGUUCACUAAAUGGCAAGAAGAGUACGGAGAAGAUUCUGAUGUGACUGAAGAUUACAAUAAGGAGCUUUGGCAGUCAGACUACUGA